UGUCGCGUAAGGGAGAACUGAACUAGGGUUUGUUCAUAAUAUAAAUAUCAAUUAUUGAACUUCAUUUCUUCCCUCUCCCGUUUGUAAGACCGUGCUGCCUCACCUUCACUGUCACUCUCCGCAAGAUGGCUGUUACCUUAUCAGAUCUCCACACAGAGUCAGGCCUCAAAUCCCUUGAUGAAUUCCUCUCUGGCAAGACCUAUAUUUCUGGGGAUCAGUUCACAAAGGAUGACAUCAAAGUGUUUGCAGCUGUUUUGGAGAAGCCGGGGGACACUUUUCCCAAUGCUAGCACGUGGUACGAUGUUGUCUCUUCUCAUCUUGCUGCAAGCUUCCCCGGAAAUGCUCAAGGGGUAAGAUUCAGUGGCAAAGCUGCUGCUCCAGCUGAGGCUGCACCUGCAAAACCGGAUGCUUCUGCUGCUGAAGAUGAUGAUGACCUUGAUCUCUUUGGCGAUGAGACUGAGGAGGAAAAGAAGGCGGCUGAGGAAAGGGAGGCUGCCAAAAAGCCUGCCAAGAAGAAAGAGAGUGGCAAAUCUUCUGUUCUUCUCGAUGUUAAGCCUUGGGAUGAUGAGACAGACAUGAAGAAGUUGGAAGAGGCUGUUCGCAGUGUUGAGAUGUCUGGUCUAUUGUGGGGAGCAUCCAAACUGGUUCCUGUUGGUUAUGGGAUCAAGAAGUUGCAGAUCAUGUUAACCAUUGUUGAUGAUCUCGUAUCCGUGGACUCCCUUAUUGAGGAGCAUCUGACAGUUGAGCCUUGCAAUGAAUAUGUCCAAAGCUGUGAUAUUGUUGCAUUCAACAAAAUUUAAGUGUUUUUUGUUGAACUUCAGUGUAGCCAUUUUCAAGCGGCUGAUUAGUCUGUUUUUCUUUGAUAAAUCUCAACCCGCCCCUUUUCAUCUUUUAUGUCUAGUUUGUGUUUCAGUGGUGAUUUAUUACUAGAAUUCUGAGAAGUAAAAGAUAUAUAUUCUGACCCCUUUUUUUUUUUAUAGAUUUCUUCACUUGUUAAUUGAUUAUCUGAUUAAUCCACUUCGAGU